AUGGGGAAGCCAGGUUUCUCACCGGGUGGUGGAGGCGGUGGCGGUGGCGGUGGUGGUGGUGGCGGUGGCGGCGGCUUUAGAGGUGGAAGAGGUGGCGGUGGUGGAUUCAGAGGCGGAAGGGGAGGUGGCGGCGGCCGUGGAGGCAGCGGUGGUGGUGGUGGCCGUGGAGGCGGUGGUUUUCGAGGAGGCGGUCGAGGUGGUAGUCGAGGUGGAGGAGGACGUGGCGGUCCUCGAGGAGGUGGAAGAGGUGGUCGGGGAGGCGGUGGUUUCAAAGGAGGAAAAACUGUUGUUAUUGAACCCCAUCGGCACGAGGGUGUAUUUAUAGCAAGAGGGAAAGAAGAUGCUUUAGUCACAUUAAAUUUGGUCCCCGGAUCAGAAGUAUACGGUGAAAAAAGAAUUAGUGUUGAGGGGGAAAACGGUGAGAAAAUUGAAUACAGAGUGUGGAAUCCAUUCAGGUCUAAGUUAGCUGCUGCUAUACUUGGUGGAAUCGACCAAAUCCAUAUGCCACCUGGGAGUAAAGUAUUAUAUUUAGGAGCUGCUUCUGGGACAACGGUUUCACAUGUUGCCGACAUCGUUGGUCCGGAAGGACUAGUGUAUGCUGUGGAGUUUUCUCACAGAUCUGGCAGAGAUCUCAUAAAUGUUGCCAAAAAAAGGACAAAUAUUAUACCUAUUAUUGAAGAUGCCCGACAUCCUCAUAAAUACAGAAUGCUCGUAGGCAUGGUGGAUACUAUUUUCGCAGACGUUGCACAGCCAGAUCAAGCGAGAAUAGUUAUUUUAAAUGCCCAAUACUUUCUUAAGAAUGGUGGCCAUUUUGUUAUCUCAAUUAAGGCAAGUUGUAUAGACUCUACGGCACAACCUGAAGCUGUUUUCGCAGCUGAAGUUAAGAAAUUAAUUGCCGACAAGUUGAAACCUCAGGAACAAAUUACGUUAGAACCAUAUGAAAGAGAUCAUGCUGUGGUCGUUGGUACAUUCAGGCCCCCACCGAAGAAAGCCACUUAG